CAGGCUCAGAGUACAUAGGGAAAGACCCUUUCAGGCAAAGGACCUUUUCACAUUUCGCUUAGCUAGGGAGAUCAGAUAACCACUUGGCGGGAAAAGGAUAAAUACUGACCAAAUCAGCACAAUCUGUUUCUGUUUAGUUUAUAAACUGCGUUCUAGUAUGUCAGUUUUCCUGCCUUGUGGGACUUGAAGUCCGAAGUUAGAAGCGAUUCAGCUAGCUGGACCUUAGAAACCCACAGCCCCUGAAGCUCUGAGGCUUAAGGACUACAAUUCCCGACGUUCGUCAGAAGGCCGCGCCGUAAUCACGGGCAACCAAUCGUAUUCCUACAAGGCCAAGCCCCGCCCCCAACCCCAGGACAGCCUUGGCCAAUGGCAGAGCUCGGAGCGCACAGCCUGCGGGUUAGGUUGUGAGGCCCGGGCCGGGGGUGGGGAGUAGUCGAAGGUUUCGGUGCGAGCUCGGCGGCCGGUGAUUCGGGGCGUUCGGCGCGCCCUUCACCGAAGCGGCAGUGGCCGGGCUGGGAGCAGGGAGUGGGAAGCGACGGCGCGGUUGGAAAAUGCCGGUCCAUUCCCGAGGGGAUAAGAAGGAGACGAAUCAUCACGAUGAGAUGGAGGUGGACUACGCGGAGAACGAGGGGAGCAGCUCCGAAGACGAGGACACCGAGAGCUCGUCGGUCUCCGAGGAUGGGGACAGCUCAGAGAUGGACGAUGAAGAUUGUGAAAGGAGAAGGAUGGAAUGUUUAGAUGAAAUGUCCAAUCUUGAGAAACAGUUUACAGAUCUCAAAGAUCAACUUUAUAAAGAGCGGUUGAGUCAGGUGGAUGCGAAACUCCAAGAAGUCAUAGCUGGAAAAGCCCCAGAGUAUUUGGAACCACUGGCUACUUUGCAAGAAAAUAUGCAGAUUCGCACAAAGGUGGCAGGCAUCUACAGAGAGCUCUGCCUAGAGUCUGUGAAGAACAAGUACGAAUGUGAAGUCCAGGCUUCACGCCAGCACUGCGAGAGUGAAAAGCUUUUGUUAUAUGAUACAGUCCAGAGUGAGCUUGAGGAGAAGAUAAGAAGGCUUGAGGAGGACAGGCACAGCAUCGACAUUACCUCAGAGCUGUGGAAUGAUGAGCUUCAGUCACGGAAGAAGAGGAAGGACCCUUUCAGCCCCGACAAAAAGAAGCCUGUUGUUGUUUCAGGUCCAUAUAUAGUUUAUAUGCUUCAGGAUCUUGAUAUCCUUGAAGACUGGACAACAAUUAGAAAGGCAAUGGCUACUUUGGGUCCACACCGAGUUAAAACAGAACCCUCCGUGAAACUGGAAAAACACCUGCACAGUGCUCGAUCCGAAGAGGGAAGACUGUAUUAUGAUGGCGAAUGGUAUAUACGUGGACAAACAAUAUGUAUUGAUAAGAAAGAUGAGUGUCCUACAAGUGCUGUAAUUACAACAAUUAACCAUGAUGAAGUUUGGUUUAAGAGGCCUGAUGGAAGCAAAUCUAAGCUUUACAUUUCACAGCUACAGAAAGGAAAAUACUCAAUUAAACAUUCGUAAUCACAAUUUAAGUGUAUCCAAAUCUACCUUAUUAGUGUUACCAAGUGUAAUGUGCCACGGGAGCCAAGAAAAUGUAUUCAGCAGCUGAAUCUCUUCAUCGAGUCAUGAGAGGAUGUGUCUUUUAGGUAGAACUCUAAGUAGACCCAUAUUGUUAAGUCAUUAAGAAAAAUAGCGAAAAAAUUUAGUCAUGACCAUUACAUUUAUUUGCCUCUUAGGUCCUGUGGCCAGCAGGUAUUUCAUUUUGUGUUUUAAUUAUGUGAAUGUCUCAUCUUUUAGUGCACUACAAACUACAGUCAAGCUGCAGUUUUAAAGUCUCCACGCCUUCGUCACUCAUUGUGUUUGUAAAUAAGACUGAGAAAAUAUUUCCUAUACAUGAUUUGUAUUAGCGCAUUAGUUUAAAUCAAUUGAAAUUUACACAUAUGUCUGUGAGUUGUAUAUAUGGCAUAGACAUAUAGACAUAUGACAGCUUGCAUAGAACCGGCGGCCCCGCCGUCCAGUGUUAUACUCCAUGUUGAACUAUUGGGUCUGAGAAGUAAAGAGAGCACUUUUACAGACUGGAUCUCCUUCUCUUCUGCCUCAUGGUGGUGGCCUCUUUUCCAGAUCAUAUUAGAGGUGUAUUGGUGGCAUUGUGUCAUGUGCUGCCAUGCCGCUGCUGUGUUUAUUGUGAGCUUUUGGAGGGCAGGUGCCCCCUGGUGUUGGGAAUGCAGUGUCUGCGGCUGGCAGUAUUGCGGUGCUUUCUGCACAUGUCUGACCUGCUGAAGAUUUUAGUAAGCAUUUUCCGGAGGCAAAGCUAGAUCCUUAUUCUAAUUUUAUUGCUAGGAUAGACAUGAACACUUCCUUUGAAUCUAGCUUUUUGAAUCCCCAUUAGCAUUUUUAAAAUCUCACAUGUUUUUACAUUUUAAGGCCAUUUGGUGCAAUUUAGAAAAUGUUGGCCUCCCUUCCCUUAGCCACAUUCAUAAUUAACUUUCAAAGCCUCUGGAACCAGGUAGAAAACUGAAGCCUGCAACUUGGCAGCACAGUUGGCUAUAGUAUGUGUUUAGGGUGCCACCAAACCAAGUGUUCUGGUGGUCUCAUGCACUUUAAUUUCUGUUACCGUGGUAUUUAAGAGGACGAGGAAGAUUCACUUGCUCACACUCAGCCAAGGAGUCUCUGCAUGAUUCCGUUAGUUCCUUAUGAGUUUACCUCUGCAGGUAUCCUGUGCAGGUCGCCACUUCACAGUUGCCAAAUGUACCCGUUCGACUUCUGAAAUCAGUAUCAGCAGUGUUGUGCUGCUCUGCCCUGUUUCUCAUCAACCUUAGCAGCUGGACUACUGUCGCAACGCAGGAGCAUUUGACAGUACUUAUAUAUGUAUGUAUAUAUGAUGUUUGAUAAACAUUUUUAAUGAGAUUUGUAUUUUUAAAUUUAGUAUGUAAUAAAAAGAAGUGUUUGAGUGUCAUUUGUGGUACUGUGUGUUAUUCACUUAUGCUUAGUUGUUUCUACCCUGUCCACUUCUGGGCAGACUUGAGCCAGUUGUCAUCGGUAGAUCCACAGCGGUGUGGAGGGGCUUGCGCUUGGCUACCCACACUUGCACCUCUGCGGGAUAUGCGUAGGUAUUCAGGGCCUAAGUUAUACUUAACUAAAAUAUGCACACAGGUGUGUUAUACCUUAGCAAGUAUACUCUGUAUUUUGAAAUUCUAACCAGAAAAAAAAAAGACUUGUUUCUCAUGCUUACUGUGAAAACUUGAAUUUCUGUAUCAUACUAAGAUUAUGGCAAGCACAGGCUGGUCAGCGAUAUGAGCACCAUGAGAUAGCUUAUUGCAGGCAGUUUCCCAUUAGUCUGUUAGUUAUUAGAGACCAUCGGGAACCCUGCGAUGAGAUGGGCCAGCUGCUGCCGCUGCGUGUUUAUCAUCAGUUCCUGCUGGCAGUUUCUGGACUUUCCUACCACAGCUCCUUGUUCACGGCAGCGAGCUCACCUUGCCCUGCCAUCUCACACUUAGGACAAAAGACCCCAACCAUUAUCUAAGACGAAGUGGACCGAAAACGCGUGUCUCCUAAGGAAAGGGAUUGAAUAAGGGGUGAACGGGUACAUUAGCUAGGAUCGUUACAGUCUUGCCAAAUUGGAAUUUAAGCUAGUGAAAAUUCAGAGAUGUAAAAUAUGAAAAUGCACUGGAAAGUUGAGAGGCAGAGAGGAGGCAUGUCUCUUGUCUUCAUGGAUGGAGCUGCAGGGACCCAUGGCUGGUGCACUGUGGCAAGUCCCCAUUGUUACUGUGGGCCAGCAUCUUGCCCUCCAUAGCUUCCCACUUUAUUUUUAAGAUUUAUUUUUGAUAACACUCAUUUGUGUGUGUGUGCUUGUGUGUCUGUGUGAGUGGAUCUCACAUGUAUAUGGGUGCUAGUCAGAGAAUUGGUUCCUUUGGAGCUGGAGUUGUAGGCAUUUGUGAGCCACCAGAUGAGAGAGCGAGGAACCAAGCUUGGGUUCUCUGGAAGAGCAGCAAAUGUUCUUAAACACCAAUUCAUCUCCUCCAGUCCCCUUCUAGGUUCUUUUUAGACCAUGUAUUUUAUUACUCUGACCAAUUUAUUGGAAUAGGGUGGAACCCGUGACUAAUGGGUAUACAGCGAUUAAAAGAAUCGUCAUCUGAGUGCCUUUCAUGUGUUAUUUGUAUUUAUUGUAAAACCUGAAGUUCAUUAAUUUUUGCAUGUUCAAAACAAAGAUGAAUAAAAUGUCAGAAUUCUAACUACA